CACAUUCCCAAGUCUAAUUCUCUGACUCUUGGUAUCCUAUUCAUCCACUUCCCCUCUCCGUGUAGAGUCAACCUUUCAUUUCAUACAAUUAUAUAUUUGUUUGUAGGAAAUAGUGCUGGCUCAAAAUGGAGGAAAAGACUCAGGACAAAUAUGCCCCAUCUACGACGCCAUCGCCUACCCCAGGCGAUGUCGAGAUGGGGGAGACCGACAAACUACACAGAGCUCUCAAAGGUAGACACAUGCAAAUGAUUGCAAUCGGUGGUUCUAUUGGAGCUGGUCUGUUCGUCGGUUCUGGUGGUGCUCUAUCGUCUGGUGGACCCGGUGCUCUGGUUAUUGAUUUUAUCAUUAUCGGUUUCAUGUAAGGUUACUUCUUUCCUAACUUACCCGUAUUACACUAACACAUGAUCACAGGUUGUUGCUUACUGUAAAUGCUAUGGGAGAACUCGCUGCUCUCUACCCUGUCGCUGGUUCUUUCUACAACUACUCCAUUCGAUUCAUCGACCCUGCUUGGGGAUUCGCUAUGGGGUGGAAUUACGCACUUAAUUGGUUGAUCGUCCUGCCUUUCGAAUUGACUACUGCUGGUAUCACAAUCGCAUUUUGGACAGAUCCAGAUGAUACUGGAACUCCUUCCAUCAACGUUGCCGUCUGGAUCACCAUCUUCUUGGUUAUGGUCACUGCUAUCAAUUUUUUUGGUGUUAAGGGAUACGGAGAGGUUGAAUUCGUUCUUGGUCUUAUCAAGGUUAUUGCCAUCAUUGGAUUCAUUAUUCUGGGUAUAAUUAUCGAUUGUGGUGGUGUUCCAACCGACACUCGUGGAUAUAUUGGAGCGAAAUACUGGCACAAUCCUGGAGCAUUCCGCAACGGUUUCAAGGGUUUCUGUUCCGUGUUCGUCACUGCAUCAUUCGCCUUUGGCGGAACCGAACUUGUUGGCCUCGCAGCCGCUGAAUGCGCCAACCCCAGAAAGACCAUUCCAAAGGCCACGAAGCAAGUGUUCUGGAGAAUCACUCUGUUUUACGUUAUCUCACUCUUCAUCCUCGGUCUUAUCGUCCCAUCUGAUGACCCAACACUCUCCAAGGCAUCUGGAGGACACACUCGUUACUCUCCAUUCGUUUUGUCUUUCAAGCUCGCUGGAAUCAAGGUUCUCCCAUCUAUUUUCAAUGCAGUGAUUACUUUGAGUGUUAUCUCGGUCGCCAAUUCUUGCACUUUUGCCUCAACGAGAACUGUUCAAGCACUUUGCGCCGCUGGUAUGGGGCCAAAAUGGGGUGCUAAGGUUGACAAAAAGGGUCGUCCCUGGGUCAUUCUUAUCGUUGCCCUUACCUUCGGAGCUUUGGCAUAUGUUAAUGUUGCUCCACAAGGAAGCGAAAUCUUCACUUGGUUGCUCUCCAUUUCCGGUCUCUCCAACUUCUUCACCUGGGGUUCCAUCUGUUUCGCCCACAUUCGAUUCCGUAAGGCCUGGGCCAUGAAUGGUCGUACAGUCGACGACCUUCCAUUCGCUGCCAUGUUUGGUACCACUGGCUCAUGGAUCGGUCUCGGUCUCAACAUUCUAUGUCUCAUCGCCCAAUUCUACGUCUCUCUCUUCCCUAUCGGAGGACAGCCAGACGCUAAGGCUUUCUUUGAGAACUAUCUCGCUGCGCCAAUCGUUAUCGCUUUCUUCAUCGGCUACAAGUGCUUCUACAAGCAAUGGUCUAUUGGCGUCGAUCUAUCACUCAUUCAAAUCGACGAGGGCCGUCGUGAUUACGAUAUGGUUGCAUUCAACGAGGAGAUGGCUGCCGAGCGCGCUGAGCAAGCUUCAUGGCCAGCGUGGAAGAGACUCUAUAAUAAGAUGUUCUAGAUUUAAUUCAUGUUUUGCUUUCUGCGCGGUUAGGCUGUAUAAAAAUUUUGGCGAUACAUUAAUUAUUUAUUGUGAUGGUUGGAGAUUAGGGAUGGGACAUAAUGGUUCCCCGGGGUUUAAGCUAUAGUACUUUGUAAAUAUGCCCAAC